UGCGGCUGUAAUGCGUGCAGCGAGAGUGUGUGCAGCGCCCCUGGCCUCGAAUGAAACACACUGGAUCAUCAGUAGCAGCUUUUCAUUGAAGGGAAACAGAGAGAGAAGUGGGCGGUCAGAGAUUUCAAGCGCACUGUAUUUCAGGAGCGGGGGCCAAAAAACCGAGGCGGGCAAGCGUGUGAAGGCAAAUCGUGUUUAGCCAGAUAUGACGGAGGUUAGCGAGAUAUUGAUGUCGAUUCUGUCUACGAUUCGGGUUCCGAGGCCCGGAGAUCGUGUUCACAAAGACGAGUGCGCCUUCUCAUUCGCCAGUCCGGAGAGUGACGGAGGCUUGUAUGUCUGCAUGAACAGCUUUCUCGGCUUUGGAGGCAAGUACGUAGAAAGACACCACACCAAAACUGGUCAGAGAGCUUACCUGCACAUCACCCGGACCCGGAAAACACAGGAACAAAAGACAGCUGAAAACAAGGAGGAUGAUAACAAUUCUGGAUCAGGUGACCCUCCAAAAAAGAAGCCCACAAGACUAGCCAUUGGGAUUGAGGGUGGAUUUGAUGUUGAGCAGGAGCAGUAUGACGAAGAGGUCAAGGUGGUUCUGUUCCCAGACCGACAGGAAGUGACAUCAGAUGAUCUAGCCUCCAUGCCAGAUGUUGUUCGGGAAAGGGUGUCUCUGUCGAUGGCGGGGCUGCAGGCAGCAGACUCAGUGUCGCACACUUUGCAGGUGCAGCAGUGGGACGGAGAAGUGCGACAGGAGUCAAAACACGCAGCUGAACUUAAACAACUCGACAAUGGGGUCAAAAUCCCUCCUUGUGGUUGGAAGUGUGAGGUCUGUGACCUACAGGAAAACCUGUGGAUGAAUCUGACAGAUGGAAAGGUUUUUUGUGGGCGGAGAUAUUUUGAUGGCUCAGGGGGGAAUAACCACGCCCUCCUGCACUACCAGCAGACUGGAUACCCACUGGCUGUCAAACUCGGCACAAUAACACCUGACGGAGCAGAUGUCUAUUCAUAUGACGAAGAUGAUAUGGUACUAGAUUUUAAGCUUCCAGAACACCUUUCUCACUUUGGCAUUGAUAUGAUGACUAUGGAAAAGACGGAAAGAACCAUGACUGAGCUGGAGAUCGCAGUGAACCAGCGUGUGGGAGAGUGGGAGGUGAUUCAGGAGUCAGGUACCACUCUGAGACCCCUAUGGGGCCCGGGGCUCACUGGAAUGAAGAACCUGGGAAACAGCUGCUACCUCAACUCUGUCAUGCAAGUGCUCUUCACCAUCCCAGACUUCCAGACCAAAUACGUUUCCAUCAUCGACAAGAUCUUUAAUGAGGCGCCCAGUGACCCUACCCAGGAUUUUAAGACUCAAGUAGCAAAGCUGGGCUAUGGCCUUCUGUCAGGAGAGUACUCUAAGCCGGCCCCUGACCCCGGGGAUGACCCCAAUUCCUCCACUGAACCCAGGGGUGACCAGGUUGGCAUAGCACCUCGCAUGUUCAAAGCUCUGGUUGGACGAGGCCACCCGGAGUUCUCUACCAAUCGGCAGCAGGAUGCGCAGGAGUUUCUUCUUCACUUUAUAAAUAUGGUGGAGAGGAACUGUCGGUCUGGCAUGAAUCCCUCAGAAGCUUUCCGCUUCCUAGUGGAGGAGAAGAUUGUAUGCCAGCAGUCACAAAAGGCCAAAUAUACCCAACGAGUAGACUACAUAGUCCAGCUGCCUGUUCCCAUGGACCAGGCAACUAAUAUGGAGGAGCUACAAGAAGCAGAACGUCGCCGGGAGGAGGUGGAGUCAUCUGGAGCCCCUCCCUUUGCUGCACCACGUGCUCAAAUUCCAUUUGCUGCCUGUUUGGCUGCUCUUAGCGAACCGGAAACACUCACAGAUUUCUGGAGCUCUGCAGUGCAAGCCAAAACCACUGCCACAAAGACCACUCGCUUUGCUUCAUUUCCUGACCAUCUUGUCAUCCAAAUUAAGAAAUUCACCUUCGGCUUGGAUUGGGUUCCUAAAAAAUUAGAUGUGAGCAUUAAUGUUCCUGACAAACUGGAUCUGAGCGCGCUCCUUGCCAUGGGACAGCAGCCAGGGGAGGAGCUUCUGCCAGAGGUGGCUCCACCUCCUCUCAUGACCCCUGAUGUGGAGGUUAAAGGUAUCCUGGGUUUCCACGGCAACGAGGAGGACGACUCUCUCUACUCCCCACUGCUGUCUCCGGUAUUGGAUGACUCUACAGUGUCUCAGCUGUGUGAGAUGGGUUUUCCUCUGGAGGCCUGCCGGAAGGCCGUGUACUACACAGGCAAUACUGGCAUUGAUGCUGCAAUGAACUGGGUGAUGGGACACAUGGAAGACCCUGAUUUCUCCGCACCUUUAGUGUUGGCUGGAUCUAGUUCUGCUCCUGGCACCACACCUACAGAGAGUCUACCUGAGGAACACCUAGCAACCAUUGUUUCUAUGGGAUUCAGUCGAGACCAGGCCACUCGCGCUCUCAGAGCCACGAAUAAUGUUCUAGAGCGAGCUGUGGACUGGAUCUUCUCUCAUCUGGAUGAUCUGGAGUCCAUGGAUGUGUCUGAGGGUGGACGCUCAGAAGGAGGAAGUGAAGCCAGUCGGGAACCUCCUCCAGGACCGCGUGUCCGUGAUGGAACAGGAAAGUAUGAGCUUUUUGCGUUCAUCAGUCACAUGGGAACGAGCACAAUGUGUGGUCAUUAUGUCUGCCACAUCAAGAAGGACCAACAGUGGGUAAUCUUUAACGAUCAGAAAGUUUGUGCCUCUGAGAAACCACCUAAGGACCUGGGCUACCUGUACUUUUACAGAAGAGUAGUGGAAUAGAAUAAACUAGAAUAGCAUUUUUUUCCCUCUCUCUCACACACACGCACACUUCUGUAUCUGAUCUACUGGAACAGAAGGCCCAGACUCCUGCUUCUGAACUGAUGCACCAUUUAAUAAGUCAAAGCACUUCUCCAUCAAAUAUAUUCACUACCACGAGAAACCAGUUGUAAUGAUGGAAG